AUGCCAUCAGCAACUCAACUCUACCAGUACAACCACGUCCCUGAGACGAAGGAGAACCUCGAUUGGGCAGACUUGCCAACAAUCGAUCUUUCUCUAUAUGGAACGGAGAGUGGCAACGCAGAGCUUGCCCAGACCCUCAUCGAGGCCAUCCGCACUAAGGGUUUCUUCUAUGUUACCAACUAUGGCAUCUCUCAAGAGGAGGUCGAUACACAGUUUUCCCUAGGCCAGCAGUUCUACGAGCUUCCUUUAGAGGAAAAGGUCAAGUACCAGCCUAACCUAGAAGCAGGUGACUAUAAUGGAUACAGACCUGCUGGUAGACGUGUUCUUAGCGGAGGUAUUAAGGAUAAGACUGAGGUUUGGAAUAUGGCCACGAACGACGGUCGCAUUACUCAGCCUCUUCCUGAGCUCCUCCAAAAGAACAAGACUUUGAUCGAGAACUUCUCCAAAGAUUUACAUGACAAGGUCCUUGACCCACUUCUGCAUCUCAUCGCUAUUGCUCUUGAACUCCCAGAAGACUUCUUUACUAAGCUUCAUCAAUGGAAUGUUCACGAUGAGUCUCACCUUCGAUACAUGAAGUACUCCAAGUUUAGCCCCGAAGAGCGAGAGAAGCUAAGUGAUGGUCUUUGGUCACUGGGUCAUACUGAUCUCGGAACCAUCACUCUCCUCUUCCGUCAACCAGUAGCCGCACUCCAGAUCAAGGACCACAAGUCUGGUGAAUGGAAGUGGGCCAAGCCUCUUGAUGGUAGCUUGACUGUCAACACUUGUGAUGCGUUGAGCUUCUUGACAGGAGGCUACAUCAAGUCGACUGUCCACCGAGUUUCCGCGCCACCCAAGGACCAAGAGCAUGUCGACCGUCUUGGACUUUUGUACUUUGCUCGCCCCCAGAAUGAUCUCGUCCUUAGCACUAUCGAUUCGCCAGUACUCAAGCGUGCUGGAUUUACACAGAACGAGUUCGAGGCAGGAAAUCACAAAGUUCCAACCAUGGGAGAGUUCACAACCUUGAAGCAAACUUGGCAACAGAAGAAGGGCAAGGUUUACAAGGAGGAAGAUGGAGCAGAGAUCCUGCCAGGCUUCCAGGGUAAAUACCAUGCAUAA